AUGGAGGUAUACAGUUCAUUAUCCAACGAGUCUAUGGAUGACCAUCAAUAUAGUAACCUAAGUGGGAAGUUCAAUAGUUGGAACCUCUCGGACCGAGCACGCUGCACGCUGUGUGGAUACGCCGAGGAAACGGACCCUUACAGAACAAGACAAGUCACCAUGUGGGGAAAAAAUAGUGGAAACCCGGGGAUGCCACUUCGGUACGUCGAAGCGGUGUUCAGACAGACAAGGAGCGUGUUGAGAGGAUGCUGUCAGCAGGAAGCGCAAGAGCGAAUUGCGGAGCGCGUGAGCAGUAUGCAGCAGCUAUGCGCGAGACCGACGUCGCUGGCGCGGUACACAUAA